CGUACGACUCGAGAACGGAAUGUUUUUAGCAUUUUUCUCAGUCAGCAAAUGGCGUCUGGGUGGAGGUGUACGAAAAUUUUCUGCGUAAAUCAUGAAUGAAUUGUUUCGCGUAAUAUAAACAUUAAUUUUCCGCACGUGAACCGUUGAAAAUUUUAGUCGAGAGUGAACGCCAAUGAAAUGGACGCGAUCACCAACAACUGUUAGUGCCCUGUUCUCGAAAUAUCCCCAUCAACAACAGUCCAGACCAAACGUAAACAAUGAACGAGGAGAUCGACGUAAAGGGCCCUGAGGGCCGGCCUAUUUGGCCCCCUUUAGACAACGCGAACGUAAGCCCCAUUCCGCCCCAGCACGUCAAUAUGCCUAUCCCCACAACCCCCCAGGGCGCCCCCAUUACUCCUGGCGGGCUCGAGUUUGACUUGCCCUUCGAGUUAACACAGCAAGGCUGGAGGAAAUUCUGGUCGAAACGGGAGAAUCGACCCUAUUUUUGGAAUAAAUUGACGGGGGAAAGUUUGUGGGAGAUGCCUAUCGCGAAGCCCCAAUUUGACCCUAUAACGGACCCUUUGGGGAUUUGUGCACCGCCUCCGAGUCUUCCUCUACCGACGACACCCUUACCGGUGGCCAAAAGGAGGGCUUCAGAGGACUUAAAUGGACCACAAGCGAAGAAGUUUGUACUGGCAGGGCCUUGGGAUUUGGACGUUCCAACAAAUGUUAUUAUCUUGGAGAGGAGUCCUUGCAGUUAUAUGCAUUCGCAUCCAGAAGUGGAGGCGUACAGGUGCAGUCUUUUGGCCAAAUUGAGGCAGUGCUACCAGGAAUUGUGCCAUUCAAGGGAAGCGAUUGAUGCGCCCAAAGACUCCUUCAACAGGUGGUUGAUGGAAAGAAAAGUCAUCGACUCUGGCCACGACCCUCUGCUGCCGAGCAACUGUUACCCCGAAAUCUCGUUAUCAAUGUAUAAAGAAAUAAUGAACGACAUCCCCAUCAAGCUAGUGAGGCCGAAAUUUACCGGCGACGCUCGAAAGCAGUUAUCUCGAUACGCGGAAGCCGCGAAAAAAAUUAUGGAAUCACGAAAUGCCGAAGCUGAAAGCAGAAAAGUCGUCAAAUGGAACGUCGACGAAACUUUUCAGUGGCUUAGGAAAACCGUAGGUGCUACAUAUGACGAUUUCCAAGAUAGAUUAGCGCAUUUGAAGCAACAAUGUCAGCCGCAUUUGACGGAGACGGUGAAGUCUUCAGUGGAGGGCAUUUGCCUGAAAAUUUAUAAUUUGUCAUGCGAAUAUGCGAAAAAAGUGCGAGAAAAAUCGAAUGCGAUUUUAAAAGAACAUGGAAUGGAACUCCCGCCUGUUAUUCCGAUGACGACGACGAGAAAAGUUUGGUGUUAUCCCAUUCAAUUUGUCAUUGGGUGCCCUAGAUUGCCUGUCGUUGAAUAUUUACCAGAUAGAGAUCAAGCCUUAUUAAGAUUUCAAGGCGACACUCUUAUCAUCAACAGCACGCAUCUGCAGAAAUUAGAGCACCUCUACCGCCACAGCUGCUUCGACGACCGCAAAUUCGAGUUAUUCAUCCCCCGAGUGUGGGUAAUGCUCAAACGCUACUCCACCUUCCUUGGCGUAAAUCCCUCAUCCAACAACGCCAAUUCCGACGUUCACGAGACUCAAGCGUCAUUACCCGUCACCGUCUUCGAAUGUCUAAAUCGAACUUUCGGCGUCACAUUCGAAUGCUUUGCCUCACCUUUAAACUGUUACUUUAAACAAUAUUGUUCUGCUUUCGCCGAUUGUGAUUCUUACUUCGGAAGCAGAGGACCCUUUCUACAAUUGAAGGCUGUCUCGGGCUCUUUCGAAGUGCACCCCCCUUAUUGCGAGGAGUUGAUGGAGGCCGCAGUCAACCACAUGGAGAGGCUGCUCAGCGAGAGUCCCGAGCCUUUGAGCUUCAUCGUACUUAUGCCGGAUUAUAGGGAGCCAACGCCUAAUGCAUUGCUGCGAAUUGAGGCGAGCCAGUUUAAAAGGAAGCAAGUCACAAUACCGGCGUAUGAGCAUGAGUUUAGGCACGGUUUCCAACAUGUUUUAAACAGGUCUGAAUUGAAUGUUAGAUCGGCCCAUGGGACAGUUAUUGUGUGGCUGCAAAAUGCCACAGGUUAUCAACGAUGGGAACCAACGGAAGAAAGGGUGCAAUCGGUCUUGGAAGCGUUCCGGCCGGGCCGAGAACGCGAACGUGACCGACAAGAACUUCUAAGUCCAACGAGACAAGGAAGCGCUUCGGAUAAUAAAGACGUUUUGGUCCAGUGAGAUUGUAUAGAACUUGACUGCAAUAUUUUUUUGUAUAGUUUAGAAGCAUUUAUAUUUUUUAUAUUAAAAGAAAGCUUUUAUUUAUACCUAAUUCGUACUUUAUUCAAAUUUUUAUCACUAUUUAUGAUGUACAUUAUCAAAUGUCACUUAUGUAAAAAGUACCUGAUAUUGCAAUUAGGUCAUCGCGAAAUAGAAACGUUUGAAAUCCGUUUCUUAAACACUCUGUACAUAUAGAUUAUGUAGGUUUAAAAUGAUUUUGAUAAGUUUAUAACAAAUUGCUUUGUAUAUGGCGCUGGUACAUUUGUUGUCUAAUUUUAUGCUUGUUUUCGAUUUAAAUAUUUAAUAGCAACUCUGAGACUUGGAUAUGUAUUUACCAAUAGAUUACAUUUGUACAUGGUUUUUCAGCUUAACAAAACGUUUUAUUUGAGGUUUCAUAAUUAAAUUUUUUGAACCAG